AUGAAAACACGGCGGCAGAAUAGCGUCUCCGGAGUUCGUCUUACUAACAUCAUCAGCCGGGGCAAUACACGAUCGAAGACCGCGGAGAACUCAUCAUGGCCGAUCCCAAUUGAUGUCAUGAUCGAGAUAUUCUCGACCCUUCCGUUGGAGUCUAUAGCUACAUGUCGUUACGUAUCGAAGCUCUGGUACUCCAUACUCCUCCGUCCAGAUUUCACCGAGCUCUUCUUGAGAAGGUCUUGUUCCACAAGCCCUAAGCUAUUGUUCGCAUGCAGAAAAAACAGGGACGUGUUCUUCUUCACGUCACCUCAGCCUCAAAAUCCAGAUGAGAACUCGUCUUCUGUAGUGGUCAGUAAUCAUAUGAAGUUCUCGUUUCAUGGUUCCCAUAGAAAAACUUUACCAUGUCCAUGUAGAGAAACAGCACCGAUAGUGCUUAGCACUAGCCCAAGACCGUAA